AAAUAAAUAGAAAUAACAAAAAAAAAAGUUUGCAUUAAUAAAUUUUCUAAAACCUUUUUACUAUAAAGUAAAAUACAAGUGAAAUUUAUGUGGCAAACAUGUUGAAAUUAAUGCCAACAUUUAAUUUUAACACUCAAGCCAAAACCAAAUGUGGAGAAAUAUUUUGCCACAACUCCACAGAUUUUACCGUCUACUGUACUUUUUGCGAAAUGAAAUCCUUUUCGUUUGAGGACUUUCUAUGGCAUCUAAAAACUUUGCAUUUCGCCAGUGAUUUGUGUAAAAAUGAAACGAGCUCUUAUGGUCCCAAAUUGGAAACUGAGGAGGAUAAAAUAUAUGACAAUUUAAUACAGUCUUAUGAUGAUGGUGAUGCAGAUAAUGUUGAUUUCGAAAAUCCGGCAGAGGAUGACUUUGGUGAUGAUGAUGACGGUGAUUUCUGUGAUAAUGAUAGUUAUGAUGAGCCUUUGGCCAUUUUAAAGAAAAGACAAAUGAAUAAAAGACCUAAAAGGCGUAAGACUGUAGAAAAUAAGACCUGCAAGAGUGAUAACAGCGAUGAGGAGAUUAUUGAUUUUGAGUCCGAUGAGGAGUUCAAGCCAAAGUUAUCAGAAUGCGGCCACUCUUGUCAUCAAUGCGGCGAAACCUUUAAAAGUAGUGGACUUUUAAAAACCCACAUCAAUCGCAUACAUGAUGAUAAAUCCUCCGAAAGCUCCAAUAAAAAAGAAAAGCCUGGCAAGCAAAUAUCAUGCAAUGAAUGCGAUCAAAUGUUUCCCUAUAAAAAAUCCCUCUACAGUCACAUUGUCGAAUACCAUAUGGGUUUCAAGUGUUCGAUGUGCGACAAACGUUUCAAACAGUUGCAACAACGGGAUCGACAUGAAUUUUGCCACACGGCUACCAGAGUGUUUUCCUGCGACGUCGAGGGUUGUGACAAGAGUUUUACCCAUAAGUACUAUUUACAGCGACACAUUGAUAGCCACAACAAGGAGCGAAAAUUUGUGUGUGAUUAUGAGAAUUGUAAUAAAGCAUUUCACACGUUGCGCUGCCUGAAGGCCCAUAAAAAUCGCCAUACUAAACCGAAAAAUCUUAUAUGCGACAGCUGCGGUUACACCUGCCGCGAAUAUGACAGACUGCGUAUACACCAACGUGUACAUACGGGUGAGAAACCGUAUGGCUGUCAGGAGUGUGGUAAACGUUUUACCAGCAAUGCUGCCCUCCUAGAGCAUACAGUAUCGCACACUGGUGUUCGUUCACAUAUAUGCAGUAAUUGUAACGCUUCAUUCACACGCCAGAAAUCGCUAUACCAACAUAGACUGAAAUGUGCAAGUACGUCGGCAUCAACAUGUAUAAAAUUGACUCUUAAAUUGUUAAACAUUGGCACCGAAACAUUUUCCAAGGGAGCAUUUAACAACGUUGCUGAAAAUAAUAAAAAAUUAAUGUUAAAAAUUCUGCCCUUAGCCAAUCUUAGCAAUCAGCCGAAAGCAAAAUGUGGCGAAAUAUUUUGUCACAGCUCCAGCGACUUCACCAUCUACUGCACCUUCUGUGACAUGAAAGCCUUUACAUUCGAGGAUUUCCUGUUGCAUGUACAAAAUGUUCACUUCGAAAAUAAUAUUUUAAAAACGGAAACCUUCACCAACGAGUAUAAUCAGUAUUUUGAGGUGAAUGUUAAGGUAGAAGCCACAACAGACACCCUGGCUACUGAGCAGUUGCACGAAGAGGAAGUGUUAUGGGAUAAUUUGGAACAAACAUAUGAUGAGGCAGAUGAUCUGGGACAUGAUAACUAUGAGGAGGAUAAUGUUAAUGACAGCUUUGAGGAGGAAAUAAUGACGGUAUUAAAGAAAACGAAAAAACAAAUACGUGCGAAAAAAGAAAAACGCGUGAAACCGAAGAGUUAUAUUGAAAGUGGUGAUGAAGAGGACAACGACCAUAGUUCAGAUGAGGAUUUCAAACCCUUGGUAAAUGAUAAAGCCUCCUCCGCUGGCGACCAGGAGGAGGAGAAACCUUUUCAAUGUACAGAAUGCAGCAAAGCCUUUAAAAACCUGGGUCUUUUGAAAAUACAUCACACACGCAUUCAUGAGAAAAAAUCGUCCGAAAGUUUAGAGAAAAAAGAAAAAGAAGACAAGGAACAAUUAUGUCCGGAAUGCGAGCAAAUAUUUCCCAACAAAAAGUAUCUGGAUAAGCAUAUUUUCGAGGAUCAUGGAGGUUACAAAUGUGCACAUUGUGAUAAGCGUUUCAAACAGCGGCAUCAACGCAAGCGCCAUGAACAGUGUCACACCGCAGAAAGAGUUUUUACCUGCCAUUUUGAGGGUUGUGGCAAAGGUUUCACCGAGAAAUACUAUCUCAAGCGCCACAUUGACAUACACACCACGGAACGCAAUUUCAUUUGUGAUUUUGAGAAUUGCGGCAAAGCCUUUUAUACCCAACGACGUCUUAACGUCCAUAAGAAAAUCCAUACGAAACCGAAAAAUUUGGUCUGCGAUGCUUGUGGCUACAUCUGCCGCGAGAAUAGAACGCUGCGUGUGCACCUACGUAUGCACACCGGCGAAAAACCCUAUGCCUGUGAGGUAUGCGAUAAACGUUUCAUAUCCAGUUCGGCCUUAAGCGAGCACAUGUCCUCUCAUUCCAAUACCCGUCCUCAUAUCUGUAAAGUUUGCAACGCUUCGUUUGCCCAUCAAAAAGCACUUUACCAUCAUAGUUUUCUCCAUUCAGACGUUAAGAAAUUUCGUUGUAAAAUAUGUGACAGUGCCUACAAGCAGGCUUCCGGUUUGGCCGGUCAUAUGCGUAAACAUCGUCAAGAGGGCAUGAUGUAUAUGUUGCCCAAACGACCCACAAUUUCAACGGAUCCCAUACCGCCACCCAAUGUUGUUGGCAUGCCACCUUCGUAUCCUUUUACGUCAUUUUAUACACACACAAGGAUGUUAAAAAUUCUGCCCUUAGCCAAUCUUAGCAAUCAGCCGAAAGCAAAAUGUGGCGAAAUAUUUUGUCACAGCUCCAGCGACUUCACCAUCUACUGCACCUUCUGUGACAUGAAAGCCUUUACAUUCGAGGAUUUCCUGUUGCAUGUACAAAAUGUUCACUUCGAAAAUAAUAUUUUAAAAACGGAAAACUUCACCAACGAGUGUAAUCAGUAUUUUGAGGUGAAUGUUAAGGCAGAAGCCACAACAGACAACCUGACUGGUGAGCAGUUGCAUGAAGAGGAAGUGUUGUGGGAUAAUUUGGAACAAACAUAUGAUCAGGCUGAUGAUCUGGGACAUGAUGACUAUGAGGAGGAUGAUGUCAAUGACAGCUUUGAGGAGGAAACAGUGACGGUAUUAAAGAAAACAAAAAAACAAAUAAGAGCGAAAAAAGAAAAACGCGUGAAACCGAAGAGUUAUAUUGAAAGUGGUGAUGAAGAGGACAACGACCAUAGUUCAGAUGAGGAUUUCAAACCCCUGUUAAAUGUUAAAGUCUCCUCCACUGACGGGACGGAGGAGGAGAAACCCUUUCAAUGUACAGAAUGCAGCAAAGCCUUUAAAAACCUGGGUCUUUUGAAAAUACAUCACACACGCAUUCACGAGGAAAAAUACUCCGAAAGUUUAGAAAAAAAAGAAAAAGAAGACGAGCAACAAUUAUGUCCGGAAUGCGAGAAAAUAUUUCCCAACAAAAAGUAUCUGGAUAAACAUGUUUUCGUAGAUCAUGGUGGUUACAAAUGUGCGCAUUGUGAUAAGCGUUUCAAACAGCGUCAUAAACGCAAACGCCAUGAACAGUAUCACACCGCAGAAAGAGUAUUUACCUGCCAUUUUGAGGGUUGCGGCAAAAGUUUCACCGAGAAAUACUAUCUCAAGCGCCACGUUGACAUACACAGCACGGAACGCAAUUUAAUUUGUGAUUUUGAGAAUUGCGGUAAGGCUUUUCAUACCCAACGACUUCUGUCGGCCCAUAAGAAAAUCCAUACGAAACCGAAAAAUUUGGUCUGCGAUGCUUGUGGCUACAUCUGCCGCGAUAAUUUAAGGCUGCGUGUGCACCUACGUGGGCACACCGGCGAAAAACCCUAUGCCUGUGAGGUAUGCGAUAAACGUUUCAUAUCCAGUUCGGCCUUAAGCGAGCACAUGGCCUCUCAUUCCAAUACCCGUCCUCAUGUCUGUAAAGUUUGCAAUGCAUCGUUUGCCCGGCAAAAAGCUCUUUACCAUCAUAGUUUUCUCCAUUCAGACGUUAAGAAAUUUCGUUGUAAAAUAUGUGACAGUGCCUACAAGCAGGCUUCCGGUUUGGCCGGUCAUAUGCGUAAACAUCGUGAAGAGGGCAUGAUGUCUAUGUUGCCCGAAUGACCCACAAUUUCAACAGCUCCCAUACCGCCACCCAAUUUUGUUGGCAUGUCACCUUUUAUGUCAUUUUAGUUUAGUUACUUAAGUUUUAGUUAUUUUUUUAGUUUUAGUAUCUGUAAUAUAAUACGUUGUUCUUUCUAUAUACCAAGGCGAAUGUAAUUAGAUUCGCCUUGCUAUAUAUCUUAUACUGUGUAUAUUGUAUUUUUAUGUAUAAUUUUUUUUACAUAAUUUGAGCAAUAAUAAAAGAAAUUUAUUAUUAAAA